GGUCUCAGUCUCCCCUGGUCUCGAGCGCAGCGCAUUUCAAGCAACUCAGCUGUGUGAGUCAGCAACAAGCUAUACGGGGCUUCAGAGCUGGAGUUUCUACAGCUUCAAUACUUUCACUUCAGAGGUAUUUGGCUCUCCCUCCUUAUUUUGUCGACAAAGAGGACUUAAUUUCACUCAAGGCUCACCGCUUUGGGGGCUGCAUUGACUGGGGAUCCUGACCUGGUGUUCACAAUGAAGUCCUUCGCAUCUUUGUUCCUUUGGAGGAUCAUCAUUUUAAUAAUGCCAAUGGUCUCACUGGGCCAAGCAUCUGAGUAUGUGUAUGAUACCUGGAAGGCAGAGUUUUACAAUGACGGCCGUAUCUAUGACAAGCCUCCGCAGUGUGUAGACAUCCCAGAUGACCUGAAGCUCUGUCACGGUGUGGGCUACAACCAGAUGCUGCUGCCCAACGUACUGGAGCACGAGACUAUGGCUGAGGUCAAGCAGCAGGCUGGGAGCUGGGUGCCCCUGGUGCACAAGAACUGCCACCCGGGCACUCAGGUGUUCCUGUGCUCCCUUUUUGCCCCCGUGUGUCUGGAGAGGCCCAUUUACCCAUGCCGCUGGCUCUGUGAAAAUGUGCGUGAUGGCUGCACACCCAUCAUGGAAGCAUUUGGGUUUCCCUGGCCUGAGAUGCUCACCUGCGAGAAGUUUCCGCAAGAUGAUGUGUGCAUCAGUGCGCCCAAUGCCACAGAGGCCUCCAAGCCCACUGGAUACUCCCCAGUUUGUCCUCCUUGUGACAAUGAAAUGAAAACGGAUGUGAUUCUGGAGCACAUGUGCGCCAGUGAAUUUGCCAUAAAGACCAAGAUCAAAGAGGUCAAACGGGAGAACACGGAUCGCAAGGUGAUCCUGCAGAAGAGGAAAAAAAUCCUAAAGCCGGGCACUUUGAAGAAGAAGGACCUGAAGAAACUCACUCUGUACCUGAAGAACGGCGCCGACUGCCCCUGCACGCAGCUAGAAAAUCUCGGAAACACAUACCUUAUCAUGGGACGCAAGGUGGACAAACAGUACAUUCUCACCGGCAUUCACAAGUGGGACAAAUCCAGCAAGGAGUUAAAAAAGACCAUGAAAAAACUCAAAAGCCACAAGUGCCCUGCUUUUGAGAAUGUCUUCAAAUAAACAUUCUCAGAGCUCCCACUUACUUUAUGAACUUGCACAUCCAGGCAACCCAAAAUAUUGUUUUAUUUGUGUUAUUCAUGUACUAUAUAUAUAUUUCUCAUGUAUAGGUCAAACACUUGAGGUGUUUUUUCUUGGAUCUGUGCUGUUUAAGACUGAAAAGAUAAUGAAUGAUACAGUAGACAAACUCUCCACCACAACCAACGGAUCACUUUUGUAUAUAUCCAAACUGGUGAUAAUAUGUUGUAAAAUUAUCAUAAUUCACCUACAAUUGAUUGUUGACUUUUCUUUUAAAUUUUUCUAAGAAAAAUACUACAACAGAUUUCCAUUUCAACGCAUAAUUCUCUGCCAAACAUUUUUGCACACGCUGUGAAAGUACCAUAUAAGCCAUUUCUUUAGGCAUAUAGACCAAUUUGGAGUAGACGCCACAGUUAUGUCACUUGCAGCUGCACGAACAUUGUUGUGGCAGAAAAACACUGGUAACAAGUGGAGGGAAAUGGGUAAAAUCCAUGGAAUAAGACAAAA